CAUUAUCUAUGACCAGCGGAAGUAUUUACACCACACGCUCGUCGACAAAAACAUUAUUUUGAAUCACACACAUUUUCAUUAACAUCGUGCUUUUGAAGUUGAAUGCUGUGGUGUUUUGAUAUCCCUCAAAUGUAGAAAUUGCCUGUCCGUUUGACGACGAGGAAAGACAACAAAAAGUCUACAGCGAUGGCUGCAACAGUUGAUUUCAGGACCCACGUUGACGCAUCAUGCAGGUAUUCAGAGGAGUUCACCAACAUAUAUUAUGACUGCAUGGACAAGAAAAGAAGGAACUUGAUGCGGCUCUACCUGGACAAAGCGACCCUGGUUUGGAACGGGAAUGCUGUGUCAGGGCAGGUUGCUCUUGGAGAGUUCUUUGAGUCACUUCCCUCCAGCGAGUUCAGUAUCCAGACUCUGGACUGUCAGCCAGUGCAUGAGCAGGCAACGCAGGGCCAGACCACGCUGCUGGUGGUGACGGCAGGACAGGUGAAGUUUGACGGUCAAAAGCAGCGCUACUUCAAUCAGAACUUCCUCCUCACAGCCCAGGCCUCACCCACCAGUGACCAGCCUGUCUGGAAGAUUGCCAGUGACUGUUUCCGCUUCCAGGACUGGAGUAGCUGAGGGCUACUUUAAUGUUUUCAGGGUCAUAUUCAUUUGGGCACACAAUAGCAAAACAAAUUGCAACGGGCUACAAUGACAAGUUUGUAUGGUGACUGAUGAGUACAACCCUGCUUUAAGAUUUUUAUAAAAGUUUACCAGUUAUGUACCGUCUUAUAGUUGGUAAAUCUGCUACAGCCCACUUUCUUCAAAGUUAUACUUCUUUUUUUUAGUACAAAAGACUUUAGGCACAAAGUCAAAUACAAAACAUUUUUAUUCACCAAUGUCCUCUAAAGCAUGUGACCCCCAGAACUGAAUAAGUAACCAUUUUUCACACAGUAGUUGGAGAAAGAAAUGGACUCAAAUGUUAAUUACAGACCUCAAAUGUUAAUUACAGACCUUUUUGUUAUGACGAGGAUACUAAUAUUUUCACAACAUUGCUUUGACUAUUCAGGUAAAAACAUCAAUUGCUAUUGCCCAUGCAGUCUAUCCUCCUGGCCAAAUAAUAUUAAAUAGCUAUUUUAAGUUUCCUGAGUGACGUUUGGUGCAACAAAAGCAAAACAUUUGGUAUAGUCAAUGCUUAUUUAGUUUUACAAUAUACCUUGGCUAACAUGCUUCUAAAUAAAUAACCAAAUUUAACAGACACUGGGAAGUGAGAGCAGGGAAAGGCACAGUAAUGUCGAUACUGCCAUUUUACCACUAGAGGGCAGCAGAACCCAACUACAUAACAUGAGAAAUAAGUAUUUACAGAACACAGCGAGAAAUACAGACAUUCAAAAAUACAUCCGUUACAAAGCUUAGGCUGGAAUGGCAGGUAAGCGUUGACUAAAUGUUUCCCUUUCCUCAAUGUUCCUUUUGUUUGUCGGUGAAAGUAGUGGACUUUUCUAUAAACAUACAUUUCUAUAAAUGCUGGAUCAGCUUCAAGUUUGAUUUCCCAAUAAAUAAUUUACCAUCUACAGUUCA